AUGGCUACUCCGGUCGACACCAAUUCCAAGCUCAUUGCUACCUAUGGCCCUGCUCUUACAGAUCCCACUUUGUACAGAAGCCUAGCCGGUGCUUUGCAGUACCUCACUUUCACACGGCCAGAUAUAUCCUAUGCAGUCCAGCAGGUAUGUUUAUUCAUGCAUGAUCCUCGAGAACCUCACAUGCAGACCCUUAAGAGGAUUAUUCUCUAUCUUCAGGGCACCAUUGAUCACAUAUUAUUUCUCUCCGUCUCCGCUAUCUCUGGCUUAACAGCAUACUCUGAUGCUGAUUGGGAGGGUUGUCCUGACUCACGUCGUUCGACUUAUGGCUUCUGUGUCUUUCUUGGAGACAACCUCAUCUCCUGGUCAUUAAAACGUCAAGCAACGUUUUCUCGAUCCAGUGCUGAAGCAGAAUACCGGGGGUAG